AUGAUUACACCAGAACAUCAAAGAAGUUAUGAAAACCAUCAACUUAUCCUCGACCAUUUGGAUAACCAUCAAGUUCAAAAAACUCAAAAUGCGGAAGUUAACUCAUCUCAUUUUUACAAGAAAUCUAAUAUUUCAUCCACAUCGUCUCCUGAGUUACGAUGUAUACACCCCACUCACGAUUUCCGGGCUAUCUAUGAUAGCAAUCAGACUUAUGAAGAUAACUUCAGAGUUUCUUCUAGUGAAGUAAUUAUUGAUGAGAUGGGCCCUCCACCAACGCCUAUAAAAACUAUCAAAAUAGUUUCCAACGAAGAACCAACUAGUUCUAUUCCUGAUUUGGGUAAGUUUCAUGGUUUUUUAUAA